AUGACAGUUGUAAAAUCUAUAAUUGAACAAGAAAAGGCAAAAUCCUUAGUGUUAUUAAGGCAUCAUUUGCAUGAAGGCCUUAAAACUGAGUACAUGAUGGUUGAAGAUCCCAAAGAAUUAUGGGAUAGCCUUAAUGAAAGAUUUGGACACCACAAAAGGGUGCUCCUUCCUAAGGCUUUAUUUGAGUGGACAAAUUUACGGUUUCAGGAUUUCAAAUCUGUAAUUGAUUACAAUUCAACCAUACAUGAGAUAGUAUCUAUAUUGAGAUACUGUGAUCAUCCAGUCACCGAUGAACAGAUGAUUGAAAAAACACUCACUACCUUUCAUGCAAGCAACAUACUGUUGCAAGAACAAUAUCGUGAAAGAGGUUUCAAAAAGUUUAAUGAAUUAAUGAGUGUAUUUCUUGUUGCGGAACAAAUUAGUGAUCUUUUGUUGAAAAAUUAUAAUCUUAGACCAAUUGGGUCUUUGGGCAUUCAUUAUGAGGCAAAUGCAACAAGUUCUUAUCCACCUGAGAAGGGACAGUCAUCUGGAAGCCACAAACAAACUCCUUCAAAAGGAAAAGACACAUGUUACAGAUGUGGCAUGACAAGACAUUGGGGACGUUCUUGUCGUACGACCAAAAAUUUGGUAGACCUUUACCAGGCUUCUGUAAAAGGCAAAGAGAAAAAUGUAGAAGCAAAUUAUGUUAAUGAAGAAAAUGCUCCAUGUCCUACCCUUGAUGUAUCCAAUUUUUUCAUGGACAAUGCUGAAAUUGGAAAUGAUUUCAUCUUUGGAGAAAAUAACAAUGCUUAG